ACUUGCCCCGGGCAAUCGGACAACUGUUAGUGUUGAAUGCUGUAUUCUGAUUUGUGUACUGUUGAUAAACAAGCAAUAAAUUGUUCAUAAAUUGCUAUUAAGGAAAAUGGCUAAAUACCAGCAUAUGAUUAGUGCUAUUUCUGGCAAUUGAGAUGAUCAACAUUUAUAUAUUCACAGAUAGCCGAAGAUUGUCCACCAGCUGCCUAUUUCAUACAAUGUCUCAGUGGCCCAGCCCUGGCUCCCAUGCCCAAGCUUACGCAAAUCCUCGGUCGAAUGAAUCUGGAGACACUGGAUUCGGUAGCAACCCUGGGUCAAAUAAUCCUACCCAGGACCGCUUCAGCCCCAUGUCAAACACAUCUGGAGACUCAUCAAGUGUUGGUGACUACGCUAUGUGGAAUCAGGUGACAGUCCCGGGAAAUGCCGUUUCAAACAGCUUUCCUGCAGUAAGCAGCGCUGUAGCAUACAUAAGCACUGGACAUAGCGAUCCAGCAAGCUAUGAAAACUUUGGAGCAAACAUUCCAGUAGCUCAUGCAGUCACGGGACAAAGCAACCCAGCAAGCAUGAGCUGGUCACCGGACACUGCAGUGUCUUACACCACCAACACCGAAACAAGCAACCCAGCAAGCUAUGGCAAUUUCAAUCUGGAGACGUUGAACGAUUUAAUGGCCACCAUUCGCGAUGAAGAAUUUGCCAGUGCACCUGAGGGGACGGACACCCUGAUGCAUCUGGAGAUGCCGAUAAAUGUCACGCCGAACUUUCUUGGAUCGCAGGUUGGAAGUAACUCGCAGAUGACAGUUGUGAUGCAGAGUGCAUCUCCGAUGCAGCCAUACUUGAAAAUAUUAAGACAACCGCAGAGAAACGGGCAUAGGUUUCGAUAUACGUCGGAGCGUGGCAGUCAUGGAACCCUAGAGGCUGACAGAAUGAGUGGGGACCAGAAGAAAAAGGAGUAUGUUAGUGUCAAGUUGGUAGGUUAUAGACCACGAGCUAAGAUAGUAGCAAGUUUGGUCACCAACGACAGUCAACGUGAGUCGCACAUUCACCGAUUGGUACCCAAAAAGUUCGAUCUCUCUGCUAACGAAUGGAGCCACCCAGAAAUACAAGUGAACAUGGCGUGUGAUAUGACUGCCACGUUCAAUGACAUAGCAGUUGCGGUAUUUCCACAGAAGAUGCUGACGGAUAUGCACAUCAAAGAGCAUAUAUGUGCAGAAAAAAGAAAAAGCCGCAGUGUUUCUAUAAACCCUGCUGUCAGGAGGAAGCUCGAUGAAGAACUGAAGUCAAAAAUUAAGAGGCUUAAAAAAUUUGAUGGCCAGCACAUUGUGGUUCUCAAGUUUGAAGCAUAUUCGCUGAAUGAAGAUGGCUUGACCGGCCCCCAGCUGUGCAGUCCUGUCUUUUCUAGUGAGGUAAUCAACCAAAGAUCAACCCAGAAUGGAGAAUUGAGGAUAUAUAAGAUUGGAAAGUCAGCAGAAUCUUGCCAAGGUGGUCAAAGCAGAGAGAAUGAUACUGAAAUGUUAAUGUUCACUAGUAAAGUAAAGAAAGGAGGUAAAAAAUGUAUAGGUUUACCUGUCAAUGUGUGUUACCUGUAAUGUCUAAAAAUGUGUAAGUGCAAGCUGCACCACAGUAU